ACACUCUUCUUUGCGUUACUUUUAUCUUUGGAUGUAUAUGAUCAGAUUCUUUCAAGUUGUUGUAGAAUCAGAUAAGCUCCUCCGUAAUACAUUUCAUCCAUGGCAUCUCCUUCUGUUCUAGAGCAUCGUCCAGCUUCGCUCGAUGCUACAGCCGAUCCACCCGCUCUGUUCGACGGAACCACAAGAUUGUACACAAGCUACAGUUGUCCAUAUGCUCAACGUGUUUGGAUCACCAGAAACUUCAAGGGUCUGCAAGAAAAGAUUAAGCUUGUUCCUUUGGAUCUUGGGAAUAGGCCUGCUUGGUACAAGGAGAAAGUCUAUCCUGAAAACAAGGUGCCAGCACUUGAGCACAAUGGAAAAAUCAUAGGGGAGAGUCUUGAUUUGAUCAAGUAUCUUGACAACACUUUUGAAGGGCCUUCGCUUUUCCCUGAGGAUAAUGCAAAAAGAGAGUUUGGAGAAGAGUUGUUGAAGUACACUGAUACAUUCACUAAGACUAUGUGGGCGUCCCUCAAAGGAGAUCCUUUUACAGAAACCGCACCUGUGUUAGACUAUCUGGAAAACUCUCUGUAUAAAUUUGAUGAUGGGCCAUUCUUCCUCGGCCAGUUUAGCUUGGUUGAUAUAGCCUAUAUACCGUUCAUCGAAAGGUUUCAAAUCGUACUCAAUGAACUAUUCAAGUGUGACAUUACUGCGGAACGUCCCAAACUAUCAGCGUGGAUCGAGGAAAUGAACAAGAUUGAUGCCUAUGUACAAACGAAGACCGACUCAAAGGAGAUUGUGGAGAUUUUCAAGAGAAAACUCAUGUAAGGAAGCAAGCACUAAGCAGUAAAGUGUAUUACCGGUGGGAUGGUCUUUGGAUAUAAAGCAAGAAACCAUUUGAUGCAAUAAGAUUUGUAUAAUUUAAGUCAUAUGCAGUAACAUAAUCUGUAUUUUACUGUUAAUCAGAGACUUAAGCGAUGAUUUUUUUUUUUUGUCA